CACACAUGCGUGUAAAUGUACUUCAGUCAGUAGUGCACGACAAAGCUAUUAUAUUAUAUGGUAUAUCGUUAAAUAUCGUCACAUACUUGGUAUAAUUCGUCAAAUACAACAACGCUAGUUAUCUUUUUGAGUUUAAUAGUAGGUAGAAACUUUUUAAAACUGUGUAAAGUUGUGGCAAUUAAUUUUUUUUGCUCUUUAAUAUCAUUUUAUAUCGGAAAUAAAAUGAUGGAUUGAUUAUUUUUUAUGAUACACGACCUACCAGAUGAUUUUAUAAAUUGAAUUUUUCCACUGAUACUACGACUAAGAAAACUUAAAACAAAAUGUCACUAAGACGUGGAACUAAUCCUGAUAUGAUAAUAAAAAUAUGGAAUGCUAUAAAAAAUACAAUUCAACAAAGAACACUACCUAGUAAUGAUCGAAUAGUUCGAUACAUUGCUCGCAGUAAUAAUAUGACUGAACAAGCAGUGCAAGAAGAAUUGAAUAAAGCAGUAGAAGAUGGUUUAGUUUUUCUAAAAAAAUCUCAAUUUAAAGGAGUUGAACAGGAAAGUUAUCGAUUACCAUUAGAUCCGUCAGAAAAUGAUGGACAUGAUUGGUAUUGCUUCAAAUGUCAAAAAGCAGGUGUUGUAGAGUGCUGCCAAUCUUGCUUUAGAGUCUACCAUUUGAAAUGCCACACUCCAGCUAAUCCAGAGAAAAAAAUAUGUCAGUUUUGUGAAGAAAUAAAUAAUGAUAGUUAUAAUGAUAUACCUGCACUUAAUCAUAUACUGCGGUUUACAUGUGGUCAUCUAAAGGCUAAAUUGCCACCAGUUAUUACUGAGAGAACUAUUGUACCAGAGGGUUCAGUUGUUGAAACACCUAUUGGUGGAUUAUCUGGUCCAACGUGGACGAGUGAAGGUGAAGAUGCUUGGCGUCCUGGAAUCUUGAUUAAAAAUCAUAUGGAUGUUACGAUUAUGGAGUCGAAAACCAAAAGAAAUGAGUACAAAAAUCUUACUGAAUUUAAAGCUGAUGCCCACAAUAUUUUACAUAAUAUUAUUGUUUAUCAUGAAGCUGCCAGCCCUUUUGGAGAAAUGGCUUUAAACAUGUAUAAAGAUUGCUGUUAUGAUUUGAAAGAAAUUCGACGAUGUGCUGACUGUUAUCGAAUAUCAAAUGAAAAAUCCGAGAAAAUGUGGUUUUGCAUCCCUUGCAAUCCACCUCAUCAAUUAGUUUAUGCUAAACAGAAAGGUUAUCCUUACUGGCCUGCCAAAGUUAUGGAAAUCAAAGAUAAUAUGUAUGAUGUUAGAUUCUUCGGAGGACAUCAUAUGAGAGCUAAUAUUGAAAAAUAUUUUAUACGACCUAUCACUGCUAAUUUACAGAGUCUUCAGAUAAAACGGUCAACAGCGUGGAAUAAGGCAAAUGAGGAAUUGAAGCAUCAUCAGAGUUUAUUGCAGAAGCUAGGAAAGAACACGCAAAGCCCUAACAACAACAGCGAGGAUGACGGUCCAAAGCCAUCGAAAAUUCGCAACGUGGACACAGGAUCACCUGGAGUAAAGGUAGCGUCGAACGGCGCCUUUCCUGCCAAAAAAAUUACAAAAGACUUGAGAGUGAGAGUAGAAAGGUUGAUGUCGGAUGGAUCUUCUGAGACACAGCUUAACCAGGUAAAGACGGAGGAAAGCAGUAGGUCGACCAGUGAGGAGCGCCAAGUACCUUAUCUUCCAGUAGCUGUUGAGGAUGAGAGGACGCACAAGAUCAUCAGUUCCAGCCAUCAAGGACUGAAGAAAGAAGGUUCUCAAGAAGAUAUGGUGACUUCCAGUUCACAGGAGCCAAGGACCAAGUGUAUUUCCGUACAGACUGAUGAAACUUCUUCGGAAUCCGUUGCAGCAAAGUAUGUCAUAUGUUUUCAGGUGAAGAGAGAACGUAGAACAUCGGAACAACCAACUACAACUUCAUUGGAAAAAUUACGUAGAGAAUUGGAAUUAGAUAAAUGUCGAGAGUUGGAACGACUCCAAGCUGAACAUGCUAAAGAGUUAAGGCAACUUACUGAAAAGCAUCAACAGGUUAUAUCAGAAAUCAAAAAGAAACAAUGGUGUUAUAAUUGCGAGACAGAAGCAAUUUAUCACUGCUGUUGGAAUACGGCAUACUGCAGCACUGAUUGUCAGCAAGUACACUGGCAAAGAGAACACAAACGCGUAUGCCGACGCAAACGUUAAUUUUUUUUUAUUUUUAAUUAAAGAUUUUCAUUUGAAAGUAAAAUACCUAAAUGCUGUAUCAACAGCCUUAUGACAUCUAAUCUAAAUGUUAUAAACCAGAUGGUCAUUUAAAAAAUUAUCAGACAAUCUAGCUAGUCUUCUAAGAAUUUCAUAUCUUUCAUUGUUCUAACAUUCUCUUUAUUAAGUAUUUUAAUUAUUUUAAUCGCCAAAUAAUGAAAAUACAUAUAAACAAAAUGUAUUUAUGUAAUAGCCUGAUAAGUUAAGUAUGCUUGAUGCAAACAAACGAAAAAUUGAAAUAUAAAUCAUGAAUAUAUAUUUAACGUUAAAAAUAGUUGAAACGUUUUAAAAAUCAAAGAUUAUGAAUGAAUUGAGUUUAUUGGCAGUUCGAAAAAGAGCUCUAAAUUAAUUAAAGAUUAAAAAUCAAAUAUAUAUAUAUAUAUAAAAUAUAUAUAAGAAAUAUGUAUUGUUUUUAUUAUAUUGCACAUAUAUUUUAUUUAAUAAAUAUUCACU